ACUUUCCGCCGGUUUUGACUUAACGCGCCGCACUGACCAAAUGGGCUCGUGAGGCAGGCCCAUGGGUCCCCACCCCCAUUUGAGCAAGCGCAAGCGUCCGUCAAAGUCCAUCCUCCGCACCGGCACCGGCCGAGACGAGGACGAUUGCUGAUUCUGCUUCGGGCCGCUUGCAACCGGGGCCGGGCCGUCACGACGCCGGCCCAUUGCAGAGAAAGCAGCAGCUCGUGGCGUGGUGUCCCGUGUCCGGCUCCGGCCGGUAGCUAGCUCACACCAAACUUGCAGUUCUGCUCGCCGAAACCAUGCGUGGCCGCCCAGCUCCAGCCUCCAGCUAGGUGAGCCACGCGAACCCCGCCGCCUCCGAACCGCGGCGUCUAUAUAUGCACAGCACGCCACAGUAGAUCACCGGAGUGGCACGUCGAUCAACAGCUAGCAGCAGCAGCAUUAUCUCACUACGUGCAAGAGCGAGAUCGAAGCCGCGGUCAGCUACUAGCUCGAUUGACGGCGAUGGCGCCGCCGCGGAUGAGCAAGGGCAUUCAGGUCAUGGUCGCCGUGGCGGAGGCGCAGCAGCGGGAGUGCGUGCCGCAGCUGAACCGCCUGCUGGCUUGCCGGGCUUACCUCGCCGCGCCCGGGGCCGCGGCGGCGGCGCCCAGCGCCGAGUGCUGCGGCGCGCUGGCCGGCAUCUCCCGCGAGUGCGCCUGCAGCACCAUGGCCAUCAUCAACAGCAUCCCCUCACGCUGCGGCGUCUCGCAAGUCAACUGCACUGCCUCUUCCACCUCCACCUAGCGACCUGAGGCGAAUACGAGAGUGGGCAACUACUAAUACACAAGGAUGCAAGGAUGAGAGGGAAUAAUAAUAAUCACGGCCGCGAGCUAGGCUGCCGGAGUUGCGACCCGGCUGGCCGCCGUCUUUCUCCCUUUUUCGCCGCUUUUUGUUCAUCUCUGUCCCGUCUUUGCUGUUGAUCUCGACGGGAGUAAUAAAAUGGGAAGACUUCACACAAAGAUUUUUACCUUCUAGUUGUGCGCGUUUCCCUCGGAUAACUGCAUCUCUGUUGAAAUCCACGUUAGCAGCGUAGAUAUUUGUUCAAAAAAACAAUACAAAUAUGCCAUUUACUAGGAGUCCAACGCAAUAUAUGAACGCCAGUUGGGAUAUAUCAGUAACCAGUUAAGCACCUUAAAUGAUGCUGGGAACUUGAAAUACAGAUAAGGCAAACCAACACACAUGCAUACCGUUUCGAACAUUGUAGGACUGAUGAAUCACCGCAACAGUAGUAGUGUAUAUACAUUAUAAUUCUGAUUCUGACUGCAAGCCUAAAGUGGGUCCGAGAUAGACUAACUGCCACCGUUC